AUGGAGACCGUCUUCAUUACCAUCCACGAUCUAUCCCAGGAUGCCCGAAUCCGGUACUGUUCCGAUUCGGUCGAGGAUAUACUGGGCUACUUUCCUCAUGAGGUGACCGGGAGAUCAUGCUGGGACUACUUCCACCCAGACGAGAUCCCCUUCGCCAGGGCCAUUCACGACCGUGGCAUCAGUCUUGACAAGGCGGCUGUGAUGAACUAUUGCCGCAUCAAGCAUAAGGAUGGCCACUGGGUUGGCUGUGAAUGCGUCUUUACCGUGGUCCACGAUGUCCUUGUGGCCAGUACUGCCAUCUACCGCCGGGGACCAAAAGCAAGACAGAGGGCACUCGAGGGAGCAGGUAUCCGGCGAAUCUUCUCGUCUUCUCCUCGAGACCCCAGAUACCACAUGUUGUCAUACUUGUCCAACAAGUUCUACGACGAACCGUCCGCUCAUGCGCCAGAGCCGAGGGCAGCACUCUUUCUCAAUCGGUUUUCACGCACCUCCACCGUCAUGUUCGCCACAAAUGGUGUCGCCGCGAUCCUGGGUCUGCAACCAUCAGACCUGGUUGGAAAGAGCUUCUACCAUUGUAUUGACCAGGCGUGCCUUCAAGACGCCGUCAAAUGUAUCGAAAGCGCGAAAGCUAACGACUCUAUUGCUUACCUGAGGUUUUGGUACCACGACCCUUUCCAAGGAGACGCUAAUGCUGAUGGCGAGUCCAUUGAUGACGAGACCGACGAAGACGACGAAGGUGGCGUGCCUUUGGGGACCGGCACGCGCUCUGGUUCCAGUGUCUCAAUGGGAGAUGCUUCGACUCCACGUCAGGCCGAAGAUAGUGCACAUGUCACUGACAAUGAGGCGUUGAGGGCUCGUGGACAAGCUUCCACUUCUCAACUUAACGGAGCUCUGCAGCCAUCUGAGAAUGAGGCACAGAACGUCCAAGUCAACGGUCACGAUGAUAAUCAUGCACCGGCCACGAGCACCGACCUCGUUGUCAACGAGCAUGAGGCGGUGUCUGACCAAGAGGCUUCCCAGAAUCCAGCUCCACAAGAGACUCAGCCAGGAGAUGCUAAUGGAGAACGACUAGAGCUUGAAGCCGUGGUCUCCUGUACCUCAGAUGGACUUGUUGUCAUUCUCCGCCGUGCGAGACCGUUGGUCCCGCAUACCCUUGGAGCAACGGAAGCUCCAUAUUAUGCCAACGGACUGUUUGCAUCGCCCUGGGCGCCGGAGCCGAUUAUGCCUCCUACAAUCCAACAAACAACCGUGGCCCCUGCCACUUCUUUCCCGAUGACCGACUCGUCAGAGUCCGGGUUCAUGGCUGCCAUUCGAGAAGUCGCGGUCUUUGCUUGGUCACUCACUGGCAUCAACGGCUCUCUCGCGCAGUAUGCACGGGGCAAACCGUCCCCAGAAGCAUUGCCACCAGAUGGUCUACCUGUCUGGGACCCCAACGCGGACAUUGACCCGAAAGCAAAUGAGUUAUACAACGGCUUCUUGGGCAGUGUACAUCGUCCAUUUGCGGAAUCUGGCGAGUCAAGCGCUGCCAAGAAAGACGACGAUUUGGGCAGCAGCGAUGAUGAAGUGCUCUGGAAGAGGGCGCCAACAAUGGCGCCGUGGAGACGACCCAAGAGAAGAGCCCACCAUGAUGCUUUCGGAGGCGAUGGAAAUGAUGGAGUGGAUGGCGCGAAUGAGGAUGGCAGGAGAAAGAAAACCACAAGAUCGCAUUCCAGCUCUGGGCCGAGCACAGGUUCUGGGGGAGCCUCUGCUGCAGGCUCUUCUUCUGGCUCGACCUGA